AUGCCACCCAUUGCUAAGUACAAAUACCUAUCCGCUAGUCAAAAACGUAAAAAGAAGAAGCUAGAGGAAGAAAAAGCAAAGGCCGACAAAGGGCGUAUUCUCAAGUUUUUCUCAAAACUACCUCAAAGUUCUAGUUCUAAUGUUGAAGAAGAUAAUGUAGAUGUUAAUGUGGGUGAAGAUAAUGCGGGUGUUAAUGUGGAUGAAACUAAUUUGGGUGAAGAUGAUGUUAAUGUUAACGUAGAUGAAGAUAAUGCGGGUGAAGAUGAUGUUAAUGUUAAUGUAGAUGAAGCUAAUGUGGGUGAACAUGAUGCUAAUGUUAAUCCUAAUAUUGAUAUUUUUGACCCUAGAAAUUGGGAUAAGCUUAAUCCUAACUUGAUUUAUGAAUUGGUUAUGAAAGGUCCAAAAAGAGAUUUGACUAUUGAUAAGGGUCCCGUGGAUAAUGUUGGAAGACGAUUUUCUAAAUUCAUGUAUAAUAGAAUUCUAUCAAAUAGGGAGACGUGUGAUAGAGAAUGGCUAGUGUAUUCGAAAGAGCUUGAUAAAGUCUUUUGUUUUUGUUGUAAACUUUUUAGAAAAGGGUAUAAGAAAGGCGGGUUGGAUAACUAA